UCAGAAUCAAACAACAGCCCCUUCUUUAAACUCGUUUAUGUGUAAUUGAACCUUCCCCAAGAAAAACGUCUGGAUUCUCGUUAUUUUGUGGAUAUUAAACCAAAGUUAUUUUGGAGCCAGCUCUUUAAGGAUGGACGCUGAAACUCCCCCUGAUAUCAGAUAAACUCCACAGUACAGAAACUGCAGGAUGAGUGCAGUAAAAGGAUGUUGCCCUCCACAACAACAAAUGGCUAAGUUGUGAAGGAUGGGUAGUGCUAGUGCUAACAGAAAUGUCCUAAAGCCAGAUAAACUAGUUAUAUUAGUUGGUUAGGAGGGAAACAUUAGGAAGGCCACUUUGCUGCAGAAUUUGAAUCUAGAAUCCUGAAAUAAUUUACCUGAAGUGUGGAGUUAGGUAAACCGUUUUGACAGUUGAUCCAGCAGAUGAAAAUAUCCAAUGAUGGAGUGCAGUGAGAGAGUGCUGUGUGGGACUGGAGAGGUGGAGCUGGACCCCAACAUUGUGAGUGAAGAGGCAGGAAAACUGUAUUCAGAACUACAGACAGUUAUAGAGACCCAUGGCGAGGGUGUGGUGGAGUCAUUGGUGCCCAUAUUCGUGUGGGUCCUUGAAGGACUGGCCUCUUGCAAAGCUCAGCUGAGGGAAAAAGAGGAGGAGGUGGAGAAGGAGAAAGCCGAGCGAGAAGAGCUGCUGGAGAGAUACAAAGCAGAGAGGGCGCUCCGAAAAGAGAGUCAAGAGCGGUAUCUAGAGCUAGAUGACCAAACCGAGCAAGAGAGGAGAGCCAUGAAGGGGAGGGAAAUGGAGAGGGAACGGCGGAAGAGAGAGCUGGAGAAGAAAGCAAGAGAGCAAGCAGAUCAGUUGGUGGCCUUGGAGGAGCAGAAGGCAAAUCUGGGUAGAGAACUGAGCACUCUGAAGCACACCCACAACAAGUUGGCGCUUACAUAUCGAGAUAUUUUGGAAAAGAGAAGAGAUUCCGAAAGAGAUUCUCCCCUAAGAAAUCACGUGCGUCCAAAGAAUGUGGAAUUUUCAUCCAACCGAGUUUUUGAACCCAGUGUUACUGAAAAAGUGAUUCAGAGACCGCAUUCAAACUCUAAUCCACCCUCUUUGGAAGGUCUUCUAGCCAAGGAAGGUAAUGGGAUUGAUGUUGCAGGAAAGCCCACCGAUCAUUUUAUCAAUGACAUCAUCAGCUCCACUCCUGAGCUCGGACAGUUUCACUGCGGUUUGGAUGCGAGCACCCCAGUAAACCGGCCGAACAACGAAGAGCCAACGGCAGAAUAUGAAUCAGACAAAAGCUUGGAGAAUGAGCUCGGAGAGAUGGAGGAGAAGGAGCCCAAAGCCGAAGAGAAGCAGGGAGGAGGGAGGCAGGGGAAAGAGGAGGAGGAGGACGGGGAGGAGGAGGAGGAAGAUGACAGUAUGGAGUGGGACCUGCGCAACACUGACUCUUUGUUCUCUGAGCUGUCAGAGCUGAGUCGGGAUUAUGUGGAGAGUGUGGACCAAGGGGCCAGUGUCAGAGGCAGCACAGACCAGUUUGAGGAGAUUCUUUCUCAGUAUGAGGAACUGAAAGUAACCCAUGAGUCAGUAGAAGCUGCCCGUAAAGCUUUAAUAUCUCGAGUAGGGGAGCUGACGGAUGACCGUUCAGCUCUUAAGCUGGAAGUGUCCUCUCUUCAGGAAACAGUCUCACGUCUAGAGGGGCGGAUGAGGGAGAAGGAGGAGGAAGCUAAGAGACUCCGGAAAGAACUGGAAGCGUGGCAAUCUGAGGACCCUGAUGCAACUCUACCCGCAACCAUGCGCCAGUUUUCACGUUCUGAAAUGGCUCGUGUGGUGAUGGAGAAGAACCAGUACAAGCAGCGUCUGUUUGAGCUUCAAGAGGCAGUAAGGCGCAGUCAGACACUCAGAGCUACCAAAGAGGAGCGGUUAACAGAGGACAAGAGGUCAAGUGUUUGGAGAAAGUUCAAUCGCUUGUUGGGGCUCACCAAAUCACCCUUAAUCCCACCUCAUGCGUCUUCAUUUCCCCGGUCCAUCUCUCCCUCCCUCACUCGCACACCUCUGAGGCCUCCACAACUACCAGCUGUCAGUCAAACUCAUGCAGAAUGUGCCUCUCCUGCUGCUCUCUCCCCCCGUGUCAGGAAACGAGAACUCUACAGGGAAAUUCGCUCACACAUUUGGGGUUCGCUUGGAAAACGGCAGAUACAUGGCUGGAGCACGCCACUGGCAAACACACAGGAAUCCCAAGAACCAGUCCCUGAGCCUAAAGAUGUGCCCGUUCUAAUGCGCCUCAGACUGUUGGAUCAAAGAGACUCCACUGCUAAGCUAAACUGUGCUGUCGCUGUCACACCAGAGAUCUCAGGCGAGGCCACGUGUUCUGUGUGGGUAGUUUCUGGCCCCGCCUCCUGCAGUGAUAUUACAGUGAUUGAUCCAGCUCGCUCCAACACAGUUCUGGAUCAGUUCAGCCUCCCUCCCACUGCUCCCGUCCUCUGCAUCUGUGCUGUGCCUCCCAUAGGUGACUCUGCAGGAACUGUGUGGAUUGGAACUCAGGAAGGAAGUAUUCUGGUACACUCUGCCUCUGCUGGCAGAAGGCGCGGCCUGCAGUCAGUUUCUCUCUCUGAGAGCGUUCAUUCACUCACGUACUCCCAGGGUCAGGUCAUAGCGGGUUUAGCUGAUGGGACUCUAGCAUUUUUCUCACACACUUCAGGUGGCUGGAAUUUACGGUCACACUCCACGAUGCCUCUUGGAUCAAACCCUCUACAGCCUAUCCGCUGCUGCCUUUCAAAAGGAAGCCGACUUUGGGUGGGAUACUGGAAUAAAGUCCAUGUUGUUGACAUUGAGAACAAGAAGGUUGAGCAAACAUUCUCAGUGUCGGAGCGCAGUGAGCAGCAGGUCCGUUUCCUGUCUGCUGGUGGAAGUGGUGUUUGGACGUCCUGCCGCCUCGACCCGAUGCUCAGACUGUUUGACUGGACCACAGGGCGGCCGCUACAGGAAGUCGAUUUAACAGCUUUGGUCACUAAAACAUUAGGUCCAGCCUUCCUGUCACUCUCACCUCUUCAGAUCUCAUCCCUUGCAGCCAUCUCUGGUCGUCUGUGGGUCGGCACAGGAGGUGGUGCCAUUUUCUCCAUCCCAUUAUCCAUAACAUCAGAGGAUGUGUCUAUCCCAUAUUGCUGCAUUGCAUCAGCCCAGCUAUGCUACCAUGGACACAGACAAGCCGUCAGGUUCAUCUUUGCUGCUCCUGGUUGCUUGAUCACUUCUCCUGGUAGCGAUACUGUCACUACCUCUCAGCUAAUCCUCUGUGGAGGAGAGGGCUACGUCAACUUCCGGAUGGGGGAUGAUGCAAGUGAUGGAUCAGCGGAGUUGUCCCAAACUACACCUCAACGGUCUGAACGCAGUCAAAUGAUCAUCUGGCAAAAUCCCUCACCAUCUAUGCCCAACCCUGCCCUCUGACAGCACUGACCUGCACUUUUUGGAGAAGAUAGAGGCGGAGAAGACAAGUACGGAACACCAGCAUAGCUAGAUAUGGCUUUGGAAAUGAUGCUUUAAUGGAACUGAACGAGCCAUCGUCUCAGUUUGGCAGCAAUAAAAGUGUCCUCUUAAGACUACAUAUUACACAAACUGUUUUAUCUUUGUUUACCUCAUCCAUACUGUAAAUCUAUCUUUGACUGGAUAAUCCAAAUGGUUGAUGACCCGUUACCUUGUGCCUUCAUCUCAUUGAACAUUGUUUCUUUAGAAUUGGUCAGGAAUUGAGCUUCUGGAUUUUUAAGAGCUAAUUUCCUUUGCACUGACAAAACAUUCAGUUUCCUGUCAUACAUAAAUCAUAUUUUCAUUCCUCUGAGAGGGCAUCAGGUCUUUCUGUAAUUGUUCUUUUGAUCAGUGAAUGGAACUUUAUAAUGAAGCUGCUCUUGAAGCUGCUGUACUGUGUACUUAAGUGUUUACUAUGAACUGGAAACAGGUAUUGAUCUAUUGAUGUCAGCGUAAAGACAAUCUGACACCUAUCUCAUGAUGCUGCAUUAAGACUGGGCAUACUUCUUCUGAUUGAAUGUGAGUGUUACUGAUGUUUCUAUUUAAAACCUUCCCCCUCCACAUUAAAUGUGGUGUAAAACAAAUACAUAUUUUAAUUGUCUGUUCAAAGAUAUGUGAUAUCCCAUCUUGUAAAGACAUCAAUGAGUGCUGUUCUGAGAAAUAUUCAUUUUCGGAAUGUUUUUGUCUGUUUCUUUAGAUGUCCUGAUUUGUUUUAUGCUUUAAUUUGAUUUCUAUAUCUUUUAUAAAGUAAGGAAAUGAAAUCCUUUCAAUGCAGUAUUUAUGUGCACUUACACAUUUGCACACAUCAAUUAAAUGUCUUCAGUGGUAAAUGUUGAA